AUGCUGAUACUGGAGAGAAUCGAUAAGCCCCACAGCAGAUACUUAGUGAUUGAGCUUGCCAAUUGUCUCACAGGUCAGUGCCGGUCCAGUCAAGAGAAGCCAUGGAGAAAUAUUCUGUGGAUACCUGGGCAAAAACAAGACCUCUUGAAGCGUAUCAAAGAUCAUAAACCCCUGGUGUCCUCUGUGAACCGAGCUCGAAACCUAAUGAUCGGUCCUGUAUGUGCUGGAAAAUCCAGUUUCUUCAACUUCAUCAACUCCAUCUUCAUGGGUCGCAUGAGCCAUGGCAGGAUCCUCAGGCACCAGUCUCACCACACAGAUUGCCAUGAGGGAAAGUCAUUGCCAUUUGUCUUGUGUGACACUAUGGGACUGGAGGAGCAGACAGGUGCAGGUUUGGAUAUUGAGGACAUCAGCAGCAUUCUUCAGGGUCUCAUACCAGAUCGAUAUCAAUUCAACCCCCUAGCAUCAUUCCAUCCUGAUGAGCAAAAGUCCUCCAGACCUUCAUCUCUACAGGAGAGGAUCCACUGUGUGGUGUUUGUGAUAGAUGCCACCAAAAUCUCCCACAUGUCCAGCAAACCGGAGGACAAACUUGCAGCCAUACGCAAAAAAGUGAACUCGCUGAGUGUUCCUCAGAUCGUCUUGAUGACUAAAGUAGAUGAGGCGUGUCCUCUGGUGGAGGAGGAUCUUCAAAAGGUUUAUGUCAGUUCCUACAUUGAGACAAAGGUACAGGAGGUCAGCUCGACUGGGUGUUCCUGUGUCUUGUGUGUUACCUGUGAAAGAACUACAGUAAGGAGCUUGAACUGAACCUCAGCUGUGAUCUCCUGCUUCUCACCGCUGUACAGCAGAUGCUCAACUGUGCUGAAGAUUAUUUGGAUGAUGUUGAUGCCAAUGUUGCUUAAAGUUAUAAAGUUAAAUGUAUGUCAUUUUUUUGUUGUUAACUUGUAUUGUGCAUUAUAGGACUUUGUAAUGUAAUCAUUAUUAUUUUUUUAAUACCAUUACUGUCCAGGUAGAUCAUUGCCAUUCAGACACAAUGCCCAGAUCACCUGUGAACUUGACUUUGCUUCAACAGAAAGCUGAUAGUUUAUUAAAUUACAUUUCAAUGCCUUCAUUUCAGUUGCGGAAGACAAAAAGAUUCACUAUUGAUCAAAUUGUAAUUUAAAGAUACAUAAUUAAAAUUGUAUAUAAUUUAAGUGCUGUAAGUUGUGAGUUACACAUAAAUAUGUUAUUUCCAGAAUAUGUGUUUGAAAUGGCACCUAUAAAUGUGUAUUUCAUUUGUUUUAUUAUAUUUAAGUAAUGAAAAUAAACUUAACGUGGGUACUGGGUAAAGAAAACUACGGAUGCCAAUAUCAUUAA